UGUAGGGCAGCCGUAAGAUCAUUGGCGUUUGGGCGGGCGGCGUGUCAAAAGAGUUUUAGAACGAUUCAAUUUUUCGUAGAUACGUUUACAAUUAUAGAGUUUUUUACUUAUUAUAUAGUGUAAAAAGUUUUACAUGAUGGGUGCAGAAGAUCCUAACAUGUUAGUUGCUGUCGAGUUUGAAGUAUAUGGACAAGUUCAAGGUUGUUUUUUUACAAAAUACUGCAAAGAGUUAGCGGAGCAGCUCGGAAUUUGUGGAUGGGUGAAGAACACUAAAAAUGGCACCAUCGUUGGCAAGGUGCAAGGGACGAAGUCGAACUUGGACUACAUGUUAGACUGGCUUAGUACGAAAGGAUCUCCUGGCUGCAAAAUAGAAAAAUGUGAUCUUAGAAAUUGGCAAUACUUAUCGCGACUUGAUUACAACAAUUUCAGUAUAAGAUUUUGAAUGUUUUUAUUAAAUUUUAAUAAUACAUUGUGUUUAUUUAGAAAAUUGAUUUUUACGUCAGAAUUUUUCAAGAUAUAAAAUUAAUUAAAAAAAUGUAAUUUUCAUCAAAUAUAUUAAAAGCGACUUUUGAAGACAUAAUUAUGUACAAUUAACUGUAUUUAUACUUCUAAAAUUACAUUACGUAUUCGCAAAGUAUUCCGUAA